AUGAGGGAGAAACAGCCGGAAUUCCCCGAUACUCCAAUAACAGCAGAAGUUGGCAAUGGUGUAGGAUUCAUUGGAAACGUUGGAGGAAAUCGACAAGCGGUUGCUAUUCCUUCUCCUCCUGCCACACCACCAAUAGUGAAACCAUUGAAAUCAACAACAGGUUUGAAAUGUGUGCAAUGUGGAGAAACAGGCCUACGCUCGGAAGAUACCGAUUGUGAACGUUCCAGUGUAGUGCAAUGCCAGGAGUCAGAUGCUGUCUGCUUCUCAAGACAAAUCUUACUUGGAUCAGGGCAAAACGCUGUUGAGAAAAUGUGUGUAUCAUGGAAAUCCGUAGAAACGGAGUAUCCUUCAGCUGCACUGGAUUCAUGCGCAGAAUCUAGCGAAGGAAGAGCCAAAGAAGAGCAAGAACCUGUACAUUCAAUAAUGCCAAAACCGAUUGAGCCGAUCCAAACUAACAAGAAUUCACAACGAUGUUCAGUAUGUGUUGAGUCUGGUAUGACAGAUCCUACGGCAGAUUGUUCUUCAAGCGCUCCAGCUAUGUGUUCUAUGCAUGAAGACUACUGUCUUACUAAGCAAACACAAAAUGAUGAUGGUAUGAAGUCCACAUUUAAUAAGUUUACGUUUACAAAAUAUCUCUUUUUUUAAGC